AUGGUUCAAGGAAAAGUAUUAGUAGUCUCCAAUAGAUUACCCGUCACAAUUAAACGUUCCAGCGAUGGUUCAUACACUUAUUCCAUGUCUUCCGGUGGGUUAGUCACCGCAUUACAAGGACUUAAAAAAUCCACCGAAUUUCAAUGGUUAGGUUGGCCAGGAUUAGAACUUCCUGAAGAUGAACAAGAUAGAGUCAACGCUGAUCUUAAAUCCAAAUUCAACUGUACUGCCAUUUUCCUUAGUGAUACAAUUGCUGAAUUACAUUAUAAUGGGUUUUCAAAUAGUAUAUUAUGGCCAUUAUUUCAUUAUCAUCCUGGAGAAAUGAAUUUUGAUGAAAAUGCUUGGGCGGCUUAUAUUGAAGCCAAUCGGAAAUUUGCCAUUGAAAUUGCCGCUCAAACAAAUGAUAAUGAUAUGAUUUGGGUUCAUGAUUAUCAUUUAAUGUUAUUACCACAAAUGUUAAGAGCUGAAAUUGGUAAUAAAAAGAAAAAUAUUAGAAUUGGAUUUUUCCUUCAUACUCCAUUCCCAUCUUCCGAGAUAUAUCGUAUUUUACCAGUACGUAAAGAAAUUUUAGAAGGGGUUUUAUCUUGUGAUUUAAUUGGUUUCCAUACUUAUGAUUAUGCUCGUCAUUUCUUAUCUUCAGUUUCAAGAAUCGUACCCCAUGUUACUACAUUACCUAAUGGUAUCCAAUUCCAAAACCGUUCAAUCAGUAUUGGAGCAUUCCCAAUCGGGAUCGAUGUGGAUAAUUUCAUUGAAGGAUUACAAAAACCAAGUGUAGUUGCUCGUAUUAAACAAUUAAAAUCAAAAUUCGAUGGAGUUAAAGUCAUAGUCGGAGUAGAUAGACUUGAUUAUAUCAAAGGUGUUCCUCAAAAACUUCAUGCAUUUGAAGUAUUCCUUAAUGAAAAUCCAGAAUGGAUAGGUAAAGUUGUUUUGGUUCAAGUUGCCGUUCCACUGAGAGGUGAUGUUGAAGAAUAUCAAAAUUUAAGAUCUUCAGUUAAUGAACUUGUUGGUAGAAUAAAUGGACAAUUUGGGACCGUUGAAUUCACCCCAAUUCAUUAUUUACAUAAACUGAUUCCGUUUGAUGAAUUGAUUAGUUUAUAUAAUGUAAGUGAUGUUUGUUUGGUUAGUUCUACCAGAGAUGGGAUGAAUUUGGUUAGUUAUGAAUAUAUUGCUUGUCAACAAGAAAGGAAAGGUGCUUUGAUCUUAUCUGAAUUUGCUGGGGCUGCACAAUCCUUAAAUGGUGCUAUUAUUGUUAAUCCUUGGAAUACUGAAGAUUUAAGUGAAGCUCUUAAAGAAAGUUUAACUUUACCCGAAGAAAAGAAGGAAAUUAAUUUUAAGAGAUUAUUUGGAUAUAUCUCCAAAUAUACUUCUGGUUAUUGGGGUGAAAGUUUCGUUAAGGAAUUAUACAAAUGUAAUAGUUCAAAGAGAGUGUCUUCAAAGACUACCGUAUAG